AUGUUCCGCGCGCGCAGGUUUGCCCGUGCUGUGCACGCCGCUUCCACUCGUCUCGACCCGAAGAAGACGCGUCAACCGGUUUUCGUGGCUGCUGGUGGUCGUCGGUGUCGGUCGCGGCACAGCUGUGCCACUAUGGCGACAAGCCUGUCGCGAGGGCUGUCGACGUCGUCCGCGCCCGACGAGCACAAGCGCCUGCCACCAAAGACCACCGACAAGUUCGUGGGCAAGACGGGGGCCGAGAUCUUCCACGAGACGCUGGCCGAGAUGGACGUGGACUGCGUGUUUGGCUACCCCGGGGGCGCCAUCCUGCCCGUGUUUGACGCGAUCCACGAGAGCAAGUACUUCCAGUUCAUCCUCACGCGGCACGAGCAGGGCGCGGGGCACAUGGCGCAGGGUUACGCGCGUGCCACGGGCAAGCCGGGCGUCGUGCUGGUGACGUCGGGUCCGGGCGCUACGAACACAGUCACGCCGUUGCAAGAUGCGCUCAUGGACGGCACGCCCAUUGUGGUCUUUAGCGGCCAAGUGGCGACCCAAGUGCUCGGGACCGACGCUUUCCAGGAGGCCGAUAUCUUGGGCAUCACCCGUCCGUGCACCAAGUGGAACGUGCAAGUACGGGACAUUCGGGACUUGGCGCGUAACAUUCGCGAAGCUUUUCACAUUGCUACGACGGGACGUCCCGGUCCUGUGCUGGUGGACCUGCCAAAGGACAUUACCGCGGGACUGUGCAAAAGCGCCGUGGUCACCGAGCCACAGCUUCUGGGAUACUAUGGCGAGAAGAAGAUUGCUGGCAAUCGUGUGAACCAGGACGCAAACCUAGCAGCGGCCGUCAAGAUGAUCAACCAGGCGAGGAAGCCUGUGAUUUUCGCCGGUGCGGGCGCGCUCCAUGCGAGUCAAGAGCUUCGUGCGCUGGCGUGCCAGGCGAACAUUCCCGUGACCACGUCGUUACAGGGAAUGGGCGCCUUUGACGAGCGUGAUCCGCUCAGUCUGCACAUGUUGGGCAUGCACGGCUCAGUGUACGCAAACAAAGCCAUGCAAGACGCUGACUGCAUCAUCGCCCUCGGUGCCCGUUUCGAUGACCGCGUGACGGGCCGUGUGCCUGACUUUGCGCGGGAGGCUCGGCGUGCGUCCGCAGAGGGUCGAGGUGGUAUCAUCCACUUUGAGAUCACGGGCAAGCAAGUGAACAAGAUCGUACCUGCUGAUGUGGCUGUGCUUGGCGACGCAAAGUACAACUUGCAGCAGAUCCUGCCCAAGGUGGAGUCCAAGCCGCGCACCGAGUGGCACAGGAAGUUGCAGGGAUGGAAGGCACGGUAUCCGUUCCGGUACCGUCCAGCAGCUCCGGGUGCACCGAUGAAAGCGCAGCGGGUUAUCGAGGAGCUGUACAAGCAGACCAAAGGUCGUGACGACGUUCUGAUUACAACGGGUGUUGGCCAGCACCAGAUGUGGGCAGCUCAGUUUUUCCGGUGGUCACACCCAAACACGAUGAUCACGUCCGGCGGUCUGGGUACAAUGGGCUUCGGUCUGCCUUCAGCCAUUGGCGCCAAGGUCGCCAGGCCCGAUGCGAUCGUUGUCGAUAUUGACGGCGACGCUAGUUUCUCCAUGACGCUGUGUGAGAUGGCGACGGCCGCCGAGUUCAACAUUGGCGUGAAGGUGCUGCUGCUCAACAACAACUUCCAGGGCAUGGUCAAGCAGUGGCAGGAUUUGUUUUACGAAGAGCGGUACUCGGGCACCAAGAUGAACAACCCGGACUUUGUCAAGUUUGCCGAGGCCAUGAACUGCGAAGGGUUCCGCUGCUCGGAAGAAGCGACGCUAGAGGCGGACAUGGCGCGGUUCCUCGCGGCGGAGGGUCCUAUCCUGGGCGAAUUCGUGAUUGAGCAGAACGAGCACUGCUACCCCAUGGUCGGAGCAGGCCGUUCGCUGGACGAGAUGAUUAUUGGCGACUUUGACGACUGCUCGGGCACGACGUCGGUCUAA